CACAAUAUGAAGCAAGUCAUCAACGUCCCCGGCCCCCGAGCCAACAUCGUUGACGCUCCCAUUCCCGACUUCAACGACGAUCAACUUCUCAUCAAAGUCGUUGUUUCGGGUUCGAAUCCCAAAGACUGGAAAGUGCCGGAAUUGGCUGCCAGUGAUGAUUCGUCGAUUCCUCGAUAUGAAAAGGUGCGCGAAGGAAUCAAUCAGGGUGAUGAUAUAGCUGGUGUUGUGGAGAAAGUCGGCAAGAACGUAGUGGAAUUCCAGCCCGGUGAUCGCGUUGCUGCUUUCCACGAAAUGCUUGCCCCUGGAGGCUCGUAUGCCCAGUAUGCCGUUGCCUGGAGCCAUACGACAUUUCACCUGCCCAAGAACACAUCCUUUGAGGAAGCAGCAACGAUCCCCCUUGCUGGCCUCACAGCCGCCAUCGCGCUCUAUCAGCAUCUGAGACUGCCAUGCCCAUGGUCCCCUGCUUCCCAGUCUAUUCCCUUCGUGAUCUACGGUGCCAGCACUGCUGUUGGCUCUUUUGCCAUCAAACUAGCCCGCGCGAGUAACGUCCAUCCGAUCAUCGCUGUGGCUGGCAAGGGAGCAAGCUAUGUUCAGCAAUUCCUCGAUCCCAGUAAGGGUGACACCAUCGUCGACUACCGCAAUGGGCCGGAAGCGACGAUGCAUAACAUCGACAUCCAGCUCAACGCAACCAAUCACUUUCGAGUUCUCCACGCCCUUGAUACCAUUGCUUCGUAUGACAGCACAGAGGUCCUCUGCAAUGUCGUGACAGCAGGCGGCCAAGUAAACUUUGUGCUGCCUCAUUCCUAUGAUGUGUCACCCGCCAUCGCCUCGAAUACCUGGGUUGGCGGUGCACAUGGCCAGAGUGACACGGCGGACUCGCGCGAUUUGGCCUUUGUCUUUUCACGCUGGUUCACGCGCGCGUUGCAAGUCGGGUCGUUCUCCGGUCAUCCAUUCGAGGUAAGGGCGAAUGGACUGGAGGGGGUUGAGCAGGCGAUGAAGGAUUUGAAGGCCAACAGGGCAAGCGCGGUCAAGUAUGUGUUUCGCAUUGCGGAGACUCCGCGAUUGGCUGAUGGUUGAUUUACUUACUAUUUUGAAGAUUGUGAGUCUAGAGACUAAAUAAAAGUUAGUCAAAUUUAACGGUGUAUCGAUGUAGAUGAGUCUAUUUGUAGAGGAGAGGAGGUUGGUAUGACCGACCAAAGCUAUUGGAGUAUACCGAAUCCGUCAUCCUGCAUACUAAGUAUGGCAAAGAACUCUUUAUCAUCAUCAAGUAUACUGUUUCGGUAUAUGGCGUAUUUGGAAUGUACACG